AUACAAGUUGGUUUGAUUAGAUGGUGAAUAGUAAAAACGUGUAAACAGAUUUUAAUAGAACCACUGAAACAUGAAUGAUGGGAAACGAAAAUGACGUGGAGGUAAAGGCAAGUGGGUUCCAUUAAUCAAAUUGCGAAUGGCAACGCGCUAAUCAUAAAUCAUCCACUUUAUUGUUAUAAUAUUGUUACAAUAGUAUUAUCCAAAUGUUAUAAAUACAUUUCCAACUGUCCAUCAUCUUCUCCAUCAACAACAUUCCAAAAUAACAACGAUCAAUAUCACAAUGGAAGCUACACUGUUUUCUUCACCGCCUUCGAUUUCACCACUCCGAUUCCAUCCACUGGUUCUUUCUCAAAGAGCCAUCAUUCCCAAGAAGAAGAAGAUGACGAUGAGAGUCUCUGCUGCGGCGUCAUCAGGAAAAGAUCAUUACUAUGGAGGAGGAAGAUUGGUGGACGAGAACAUGAUCGUUCUUAGGAAACGUAUCCACGAGAUGAAGAUGGUCGAGCGUAACUACGAGCCUCCUUCUCACUGGAUGGAUUGGGAGAAACGUUUUUACAACAGCUACGACUCUGUUAUCUGCGACUCCGUUGGUCUUCUUCAGAGCUUCCUCAUGAACUCUCGACCCACUGUAGCAAUCGCGACGCUGCUUUUCCUCCUCGUCAGCGUUCCCGUUUCCUCCACGGUGAUCGCGUUUCGCCUUAUUGAUCUUUUGCAUUGGCUUCUCGCAGCCGCAACAUCAGCCCACGUGGCUUGAUCUCAUAUUUUUCUUUAUCUUUUUAGUUGCUGACAAAUUCUCUUUAUAUAUUUAAUUAUGUGGAUAUAUAGAUAUGUAAACCACCAUAUUCUUUUAUUAUUUUAUCAUUUUUUCUAAAUAUUUUUUUAUAUUCGCUACUGAAUAAAAACGUGCGAUUUAAUUAC